AUGUUGCAGCCGCCAUGUAUUAUUGCUCCUAAGGUUCUAUUACCAAAAGGUCAAAAACAUACGGAGGCGGCAAUCAUAGCCGAGGCUGAGAGACUGUUUGAGUCAACCCGUCUAAUGGCAAUUAGAGUCCGCAAGAACAUACAGCAGAAAGACAUGGAACUCGGUCGGGACCUUGGAAACUGGAUUCUCCGCCGGCUUGACCAGACGAAGCAUACAGAGCCAAGCAUAGGCACACGGCCAAGAGAGUCUAUCCGUCUUAAAUCGCAAGCCAGCACGCAAGCUCCUCAGAAUGGUGAAGUGGGUAGGCACUUGUUCAUGUCAUUGAGGGACCUUGAGCGCAAGUUAUCCUAA